GCUUAACCAACUGAGCCACCCAGGCGCCCCUUAAUUUUCUUAAUUACCCUAAGCAUGAGAUACUUGCGUAAUCAAAACAAGUCAUAAUAAGAAAGCUCUUUCUCUUUCAGGAAAAGAUCUGGAGCCUCAGAUCUCCAGGUAGAGAAAUAGAGUGUGGGAGCAGGUACAAAUACACGCAAAGAACCCAGCGCUCCCCGCCCCGCAGACGAAGCUGUCGGUGGGAAAGCGAGGCGGGGGUCCCCGGGGUCAGUGUCCCCGCCUGCAGCGUACCGCUGCUCGACUCAGGCCGACGCUCGGGGGCGAAGAAUUGCCGCAGGAGGCUCCGCGUCCCUCACUGGACUGCAUUUCCCAGGAAGCCCCACGAGUCCCUAGGGGCGGCUAAAGACCGAGGCGGCGGCGGCACCCAAGAGACUGGAAAUGAGUCUCCCGGAGCCGAGCUCUAGUUCCUGGGUCGCGCGAGGGCUUUCGGUCCUUCGUCCUCAACUGACUCAAGGAGGGCCGAAGAAAGAGUUCCUCCUCGCGGCAUUCCUUCGGCGGCUCAGAAGCUCUACUCGUGGCUGGACCCGACGCCGUCUCGGGCACCAGAUCAGUCUUGUCUUUUCCCUUUACACCCUUUAGUGGCCAGAAAGGACAAAUCGAGACACAGACCUCAGUUUGGGGGCAUACAUGUUGACGCGUAGGGCGCUGCUGCGUCCUGAUUGGCCAACUCUGGAAAUUCUCCCCGUUCAUUGGCUAUCCAUCGGGGAGAAGGCGGACUCAAUGGACGAACGGCCUCCUGGGGCGUGUAGUUCGAGUGCUUGCUGCGGCGCAUGCGCCGUGGUGUUUCCCGACGAGCCCUGCGCCAACUUCCGGUGCAGGGACCUGGAGGCGGAACUAGGAACCCUGGUCGGUUGUGGGCGGUGUGUGUCCCGGGGGCGGGACCGCCGACGCGGGCCGCAGAGCUCCGACAUCAGCCUCGGGGCUCCAGGCGGCCGGGGUCGGCGCCCCGAGACGGAGGCAGAAAGGGGCACGCGCCGCUGGGAAGUGCUGGGUUUGGGGGCGCGCCUGCACUCGCUGCCCGCCCUCUGCCUCUCAGCUGCGCGCAGGCAAGGCCGCCGGGGUCGGAGCACAGAGCUCCGGCCAGGUCCGCCUUCUCGCCCGCCGCGUCCUGCGAGCGACCCUGGAGUCUGCAUCCAGAUGCCCACCCGGCUGCCACAGGGGAUCCCUCUGGGAGACUGAAGGGCAGGCUCGCAGGCCCAGGUUGAGGCCACCCAGUCCUUAGGCCAGGGGAAUGGCAGCACCCCCGGAGCCCCAGGAUGAGGCCCCUGGGGAGGGAGAAGGGCUGCUGAUCGUGAAGGUAGAAGACUCCUCGUGGGAGCAGGACUCCGCCCAGCAAGAAGACAGCAGGGAUUCCGAGGCCUGCCGCCAGCGCUUCCGGCACUUCUGCUACAGGGACGUGGGCGGGCCCCACGAGGCCUUCAGCCAGCUCUGGGAGCUGUGCCGCCGCUGGCUGCGGCCCGAGCUGCGCACCAAGGAGCAGAUCCUGGAGCUGCUGGUGCUGGAGCAGUUCCUGAGCGUGCUGCCCGGAGGCGUCCAGGACCGGGUGCGCGAGCGCCUGCCGGGGAGUGGUGAGGAGGCCGUGGCCUUGGUGGAGGUCCUGCAGAAGCAGCCGGGGACAGCGUGGCCACAGGACGUGCCCUCAGAGGAGGUGGGAGCCGAGGCCACAGUCCAGGGACCCCCAGCCAAGGGGCUCCCCGUGAAGGCGGGGGCACGAAGCUGGCCAUCGGUACUCUGGGAGCAGCACAGCCGUGGAGCCCAGCUUCCUGCUCUGAAAGAGGGGAGUAGCAGGGAGAAACCCGAUAGCGGCCUUGCUUCUGAUGUCCACGGACUUGUGACGUUUGGAGACAUUCCCUUCUAUUUCUCCCGGGAAGAAUGGGGGUCCUUGGACCCUGCUCAGAGGGAUUUCUUCUGGGACAUCAAGCGGGAGAACUCCCGGAAUGUCACCCCGGCUCUGGUCCCAGAACCCAGUGGAACUGAAGAGGCCGCCCCCUCUCGGCUUGCAGGUUCGGGGCUCAAGAGCCAAAGCGAGGAGGCCGGCGGGGGCCGUGGCGGCGACGUGACCGUGGCCUGGACCCCCGCGGGCACCGAGACGCCGCGGAGCGAGGGGCGCGCCCCCUGCUCGGCCCCGGGGCCUGGCCGCCUCCUGGCCGUGCCCCUUCUUGCCCCUGGGGUCCCCACCCCCUGGCCUCGCUUGCCCCGAGACUCGUUGCUCCCCGCGCCCUCUGCCGGAGCCCCGGGCCUGGCCCUCCGCCCUGCCGAGCUGUGCCUUCUGGUGGACUCUGACCACUUUGCCCUGUCUGGAGGCGGGGAGCUGCCUGCCUCCGCUCUUAGCGACUUGCCCCCAGUGAGUCCCAGAGAGCAGCCCCCUGCCAAUCUGGCCAGGGUGGUGGUGGCUCCAGGACAGGAGGCUGACAACGUAGACAAGGACCGGGCAUGCGGAGGCGGCUGCUCACUGCCGCUCCCCUCUACAGAGGUGUGGGCUUUCUGA